UCGACGUUGGAUCGUCAUAGCGCCACAUCUCUUUUCUUUCGGUAAGAGUAAUAUUUAGCAGGAGGAUAGUGUAGGAUCGGGUUUCUCCGGGUUUUUCUCCGGAAUUUAUCAAAAUAUUGUUUUCUGGUGUGAAUUACAGCUGAAUAUUGUUAAUAUAAAGUGAUAAACUGUGUGUGACAGAUAUUUGCUACAACUUACACGCACGGCACGUCACGAUGGAGAACCUAACCAUAAACGAACUCUACACCUCGGAAAAGCGUGGCGAUGACGAGUCCGGUGAUGGAACGGUGGAAAACCCGUUCAAAACAAUUCUGCAAGCCAUGAAGCACGCCGGCAAGGAACCUUUUCCGACCAUUUACGUCGACGCCAAGGAUGCAAAAUCGGAAUCACCCUACGAGGUGGCAGCCAAAUCUCAGCUCAAGAAAAUUCAGAAGCUUUGGGUUCGUGAUGGCUUUAAAAACGUCGGUAAGCAGAAGCGCGAAGAGGAUGAUGCCAAGAAGCGGGAACAGAACCUGCAGGAAGCGAAAAAGAUCAUUAUCAGUGAAGAUGCGUCUUGGUCUGCGGCCAAAUUGAUCAAGAUUAAACAGGGUGGUGAGAAUCGUGGAAUUCGAGUUAAGAUUUACGGCUGGGUUCAUCGGUUAAGACGGCAGGGUAAAGGAUUAAUGUUUAUAACGCUUCGCGAUGGAACCGGUUUCUUGCAAAGCGUUCUCAGCGAUACCUUGUGUCAGACUUACAACGCGUUGGUUCUAUCGACUGAAUCUUCGGUUAGACUGUUCGGUACGUUGAAAGAGGUUCCAGAGGGUAAGUCCGCUCCCGGUGGACAUGAACUGCACGUUGAUUAUUGGGAGCUAAUCGGAUUAGCUCCGGCCGGUGGAGCGGAUUCUAUUUUGAACGAAGAUGCCAAUCCUGAUGUGCAGCUCGAUAAUAGACACAUUAUGAUUCGAGGCGAAAACACUUCCAAGAUUCUCAAGAUGAGAGAUGUCAUAAUGAUGGCCUUUAGGGAGCACUAUCAUGACCGUGGUUACACGGAGGUAACGCCGCCGACGCUGGUGCAAACACAAGUUGAAGGAGGAUCGACUCUGUUCAAACUGGACUAUUUUGGGGCGGAAGCAUUCCUGACGCAAAGCUCACAGCUGUAUUUGGAAACCUGUCUGCCGGCAUUGGGCGAUGUCUACUGUAUUGCUCAAAGUUACCGUGCAGAGCAGAGUCGAACUCGUCGUCAUUUAGCAGAAUACAGUCACGUUGAGGCGGAAUGUCCUUUUAUAACAUUCGAAGAGCUACUUGAUCGGCUGGAAGAUUUGGUAGUAGAUGUUGUCGAUCGCGUACUGAAGUCUCCGUGGGGUUAUCUAGUGAAGGAACUUAACCCGAACUUUACGCCACCGAAGAGACCCUUCCGUCGCAUGAACUAUACCGAUGCUAUUGACUGGCUAAAGGAAAACAACAUCACCAAAGAUGAUGGAACUUUUUACGAGUUUGGCGAUGACAUUCCGGAGGGUCCGGAACGAAAAAUGACGGACCAAAUAAACGAACCAAUAAUGCUGUGCCGGUUUCCCGCGGAAAUUAAAUCAUUCUACAUGUCUAAAUGUGAAGAGGACCGUCGAUUAACCGAAAGCGUUGACGUUUUGCUGCCAAAUGUAGGAGAAAUUGUCGGAGGUUCGAUGAGGUCCUGGGAUCACGAAGAGUUGAUGGAGGGAUAUAAACGCGAAGGAAUCGAUCCUAAGCCUUACUACUGGUACAUUGAUCAACGAGUGUAUGGCUCACAACCACAUGGUGGGUACGGGUUGGGACUGGAACGGUUCAUGUGCUGGCUGCUCAACAGGUACCACAUUCGUGAGGUUUGUCUAUAUCCCAGGUUUUUGGAGAGAUGCACACCCUAAGCAAUAUUUGCAUUUAUGCUUGCAUUUGGAACUUCUGAAAUUGUUCAGCUUAUUUAUUUCUAUGAGCAGCAUUUCUAAAAAGGUAGAAUUGGACACUUUUAUUUCAAGAAAAAUAAAACAUUUGUCGUUCUAUA